ACGCAGCGCACGCGCGGCGCCCAACCAACCAGCGGGCGGCGGGACCUCAGCGGGCUCGCGGCGCGCGCCACGGCCGGUUUCAACCGCCAGCCCCGGGGCAGCGGCGCCGCUGCUGCUGCGCUCCGCUCCGCCGCCACCGCGGACACCUAAUAACUAAAAGCCAGCACAGUAGAAUUUCAGAUACUGCAAUGGCAUCUACUGUAAUCAGUUCAGUUCCUACCACUGCAUCUCGUUUUGCUUUACUACAAGUUGAAACUGAUGCUGAUUUGGAGCCUGGAAAAGGAAGAAGUGGCCAAAGCGCUGGCAAAUCUCAGGCAUCACAGGGAAGAUCAUCUACAGAUAAGAAAAAAAAAACCAAAAGGAGAAAAAGGAAAGAACAGCAACAAAGAGAGGUCAAUGAGCUCAGAAACCUUGCUUUUAAAAAGAUUCCUCAGAAAUCAUCACAUGGAAACUGUCUGUCGCAGCAUGAACAAAAACUGCACACUGCAAUGCAGAAGGACUGUCAGGAAGAAAAUUGGCAGGAGUGGAGACAAAGAGAUGAGCAGGUACAGAUGACAUCUGAAGUGUUUGAAGCUGAUCUUGAAAAAACAUUGCUGCUAAGCAAACUGGAAUAUGAAGAACACAAAAAGGAAUAUGAAAAUAUUGAAAAUACUUCAUCUCAGUCAAAGUCUGUCAAUAAGAAAAAGAACCAGGAAGGAAAAGAGAAACCUCCCACUGUGUCUGUGAAAGACUUUCAGUCAGACAGUAAUAUAGAUAACCUUGCUAAAAAACACGUGGCACUGAACUCUUCCCAUUCGUUGCAUGAUGGAGGAUUUUUCAACAGGCUGGAAGAUGAUGUUCACAGAAUACGUGACAGAGAGAAAAGGAGAGUCCAGCUCACUGAUUACAGUGGAAAAGAUAACUGCACAUUUCAUGAACAGAACCAGGAGACUGUUUUGAAAGACAGAAAAACAGAAGAACUAAAGCUUGAGCUUGAAAAGAAAAAUGCAGAAAUUGAGCAACUGAAAAAUGUAAUAACUCAGUGGGAGGCAAAGCAUAAGAAAGUAAAAGCAAGAAAUGCACGGUUUCUGAAGAUGUUGCAAGAAAGUAAAAGGAAGGACAAAGCAGAAAUACUCCUAGAGACUGAUGAAUCUCAAACUAUCAAAAAUGAAUUGACCACAGAGGUAGCAACACUUCAUGCUGCAUUAGAAAAAGAAAGAUCCAAAGUGAAACUACUGCAGACAGAAUUAAUGAAAUACCAGGUAUGGGAAAAAAGGGAAAAGGCACUCAGAAUCUGACCAGUGAAGGUGAUCUCCUCUGUCACCAGCUUCAAAGAAAAAAAAAAAUAAAAUUCAGGGUUUUGCAGAAAUUUAUAUCUUUGUUGCACAACUGCUCAACUAUGCAGUUUUUGAAGAGAAAUUAACAAUUACUAGUUUAACAGUCUGAAUGUAUUGUCAGAUUUAUUGUACUUUAUGCAACAGAAAUACUAGAAAACUAGUAUUCCAGCAGAGCUGAAACUAACUGUAUUGCCAUUAGUUUUUCAACAUUCAAUAAAAUUUACUCUUCCAUUUC